AAAGAGAAGAGAAGAAGAUGAAGGACUGAACAAAAUUACGUGACACACUUAGCUAAUCGGUGAUGAAUAGCAAAAUGGAGGAGCGUGAAGCUAGAGAACCUGAGCAGCUCAGAAAGCUGUUUAUUGGAGGUCUGAGCUUUGAAACAACCGAGGAGAGUUUACGGACUCAUUUUGAACAAUGGGGAGCUCUUACUGAUUGUGUGGUGAUGAGGGACCCUAACACCAAGCGUUCUAGAGGGUUUGGCUUUGUGACGUAUGCGGCUGUAGAAGAAGUCGACGUUGCCAUGGCAGAAAGGCCUCAUAAAGUGGAUGGUCGUGUAGUUGAACCCAAGAGGGCUGUGUCCAGAGAGGACUCCAAUAAACCCGGCGCCCAUCUAACCGUCAAGAAGAUCUUUGUCGGUGGGAUCAAAGAGGAUACCGAGGAGUACCACAUCAGGGAGCAUUUCGAGAAAUAUGGAAAGAUUGAAUGCAUUGACAUCAUAGAAGAGCGCUCCACUGGGAAGAAGAGAGGAUUCUGCUUUGUCUCCUUUGAAGACCAUGACACUGUGGACAAAAUAGUUGCCCAGAAAUUCCACACGAUCAAUUUCCACAAUUGUGAGGUCAGAAAGGCCCUCUCAAAACAGGAAAUGAGUACUAUGUCCACCAGCAGGGACAGGAGUGGAGGUUCUGGAAACUUCAUGGGAAGAGGUAAUUUUGGUGGUGGUGGCAACUUCAGUCGAGGAGGCUAUGGUGGAGGACGAGGCGGUUAUGCCGAUGAUUUUGACAAUGGUCCAGGAGGUAAUUAUAGUGGAGGACCAGGCUAUGGAGGUGGGAGAGGGGGCUAUGGAGGUGGUGGUGGUGGUGGUCAAGGGUAUGGCAACCAGGGAGGAGGAUAUGGUGGAAACUGUGAUGGAGGAUACGGAGGCAAUGACGGAGGAUAUGGAGGAGGGGGAAAUGACUUUGGAAAUUAUGGUGGCCAGCAGUCCAGCUAUGGGGCCAUGAAGGGAAACAACUUUGGUGGCAGAAACUCAGGUGCACCAUAUAGUGGCGGCCAUGGAUCCGGUGGCGGGGGCAGCAGCAGCGGCGGAGGAGGAGGGGGCUAUGGCUCUCGGCGAUAUUAAUUAUAUCAUGUUUUGGCUUCAGUUCUUAGCAGGAGAGGCGAGGAGAUGAGAAAAGGAAAUGUCAGGAAAGCCGCAGGUCACUUUGAGGCAGUCAUCUGAAAGCAUUAGAGGAACACUCAAGUCAGACAUUACUGCAGCUAAAUCGGAGAAGUUUAUGGAAGAAGGACUGUAUACACAAGACAUGAGUGCAGAUGAUACUCCUCCCUAAUUGUGAUAGAUGUUUCCCUACCAAGCUAUUUUUUUUUCUGUGCGUAUGAAGUGUGUAUAUUGUGCCUAUGGUAUGGGUGAAGACAAUUGUUUUCUUUUUAAAGUUAUUAUGAUUGCUCAUUUGCAAGUGUCAAGUGUAUUUUUUUUUUUUUUUAUGUGAAGCACAGUAUGUACAUCCUUAGUAUAACCAGUGUCAACGAACAUAAGCAAUCUGGAUUAGAAUCAAGGGAAUCGCUCUCUUCUUUUUCCCAGCACACAGCAUUUUAGAUUGUUUUUGGAUUAGAAGGAAAAAGACCAAAUAAAAUUGUUUAGUAAAGUGACAAGAGGUUCAGUGCAUCAUUGGUCCAGAAAUAAAUCACAUGAGUUAUUUAUCUGUUGCCUGCACACAUUUUGACUGAAGCCAGACAAAUUCCACUGCCCAGAACCACUUCCUCCUCUUUUUGGGGACUAUUUAAGACUUCUUUGGGUGAAAUUGUAAAUAUACUGUAUUUAUUUGUACAAAUGUCAAUGACAAGGGAGUUUCUGGUAGUCCUAGGGCAAAGGCCCAUACACCACCUAUGCCAGUUUUGAGCGUGUAGGAUUAUAACGGCCACAAGCACCUGCAGUUGAGCCUUCAGCAUCGCUAGUGUGGAAGAUUGCAGAUGACAGUCAGACAGGACGUCUGCAGCCCCCGCACAGUGGACCAGUCAGCAUUUUGAGAGACAGAGAGAAGGCAGCAUCGAGCACAACGCCCAUGGAGGAAGCUUCUGAUAGUGAGCGUCUAUCUCUGUCAAGGCUAGCUAAACCCUCCAGCAGCUGGUGCUAGCGAAGAAAGAAUAGUUCCUGGACACAUUGGAGAUCCUGUUGAGUCAGAGAUACCGCAGUUUUACCCGAAAGUGCUAGAUUUCAGACAUUAACGAGAAAAGGGAGUGAGUAUUUCACAAAAAGCUGACUUAAGAAGAUGAAGCAGGUAAGAGUAACCACUUUGCUUGAUUUGCAGAUGUGGAAAAGAGGAAUUCUCUUCUUGCUGAAAAUCUGUAAAGACCUGAUAACAUGGAAGGUUCUGGAUGGGUAAGACUUUUUUUCAAAAUAUUAUCAAAGGCUGCUCAUUAUGUAAUCUAACAGCGCAAAUGGUAAUCGCACCAUGUGCAAAGGUUCUUUUAACGUAAAUGGAGCAGGAGCACUUCAGGUAUUGUUCUUCUUUGACCUGAAUCAGCCUGUGACCUUCACCACAGCUGGACAUAUCUUGCAAGCAAAAUGUUUUAUUACCUUUGCUAUCUGUCAGUCCUGAUAAAGUUCAUGGUGCUGAAACAUCCUUAAGGGAAAACAAAUGAGCAUGCUCAGGAAAGAAACAAUAUUUACACUCCCUGGCCAAUCUAUUAGGCACACCUAUAUU